UUAAAUGUUGUUUUCCUCAUAUAAUCAAAACCAUUUUCUUCUUUACUAGUGUUUUUUGCUAUUUCGAUUCGCACAUGUUAGAAUUAAAUUACGGACUUUAAAAUUUUGUUCCAUUAACAAUACCGUGUACUGUUUUAUAUAAAUGUAUUAAAUUCUUAUGUAAUCCAAAUUUAUUGUAAUUUAAAAAUGGAAAAAACUGCAAAUGAUUAUUAUAAAGUACCAACUAAGGAAUUGUUGAAAGAUCCAGAUGCGGAAGUCCCACCAGCCUAUGGUUACGGAGUGAGACAUAUCCAACUCGUAAUAUUCACAAUUUGUCUCAGCACUAGUUUCAUUGCUAGAGGUCAUUUAGGGGUCUCCAUAGUCGCUAUGACACGUACCCCAAACCUUGAAGAGACACUCUUAACUAACUUAAGUGACGGUGUACAAGGACAUAGUAAGAAUCUCGUUUUGGAAAAUGUUAGUGAAAAUAUAAACGUAUCGGAUAUCAAAAGUAUUGAAUUAAAUUAUACUAAAAUGAAAACGAACGUCAACGAUGCUGCCAAGUGGAAUAUUGAAACUUAUAACUGGUCGAAAUCUGUCCAAGAGAUGGUGUUGGGAUCCUUCUUCCUGGGCGAUACGAUCAUGAUGUUUCCGAUGGGAAUGGUGUGUCAGCGAUGGGGAGGGAAACUUCCAUUUCAAAUAUCUUUAUUUAUUAACGGGAUUAUAUCUUUUGCAACGCCUUGGUUGACUAUGUGGGGUGGAUGGAAAGCAGUAUGCUGUUGCCGUAUUAUCCAAGGCCUGUCCCAAGCUGGUACAUAUCCCAGUGUACAGAUGUUACUUGCUAACUGGGUCUCUAGUAGCGAACGGGCGACUUUGAGCAGUUACUUGUAUACGGGUACGACUUUUGGGAACGUUAUAGCCUUCCAAAUAGGAGGUAUUCUAGCUGAAAGCAGGUGGGGUUGGCCUUGCACCUUCUGGACAGUUGGAGCAGUAUGCUUUGUAUCCUUUAUUCUGCUCACUGUUUUUGGCGCAGCGACUCCUAAGCAGCAUAAAUCGAUAUCUCAGGAAGAGAAAUAUUAUAUUUUAGGAAGAUUUAGCGAUGAAGUUGUUCGGAAUCCGAGAGUCCCAUGGAAGGCGUUGCUUACAUCUAGGCCUGUUUGGGCCUCAUUCGCGACCCACGUGGGUAGCGGGGUGGCUUUUGUGUUCUUCUUCACUCAAGUUCCUUCAUACAUUCAUUAUAUUCUCGGUAUUGACGUUAAGAGCAGUGGUAUUUUGUCCUCCUUACCUUACAUGGCGAGUUUCUUUACAAGCAUUGCUUUUGGGAUAGCAUCAGAUUUCUGCACAAAUAGAAAUUUGGUCAGCGUGAAAAAUGCAAGAAGAAUCAACAACUCAAUUGCUCAGAUCGGCACAGCAGUAUCCCUUAUGUUAACUUCCUUUGCGACCAGUAUUACGGGAGCCAUCACAUGCCUUGUGCUCGCGAUGGCGUGUCAGAUGGGAAUCCAUGCUGGAUGGAUGUCCUUUUUAAAGGUGAACCACAUCGACCUGGCUCCAAACUUCACCGGCACCAUCAUGUCCGUCGGAAACGUUCUGAUGAACAUCUUCGUGCUGCUAAUCCCCGUGUUCGUCUCGCACAUAGUCACUGAUGUGAGGGACCCACAUCAAUGGCGCGUGAUGUUUGGAAUAGUUGGUGCACUAGCAAUAGCCUGCAACGCUGUCUUUGUGAUAUUUUUAAGCACUGAAAGACAACCAUGGAAUGAUGAAGUUUCAGACUGGGGUUAUAGACAUCAGCAAUGCAUUAUCCUGUUCUUCACUCUCACAAUCGCCUACAGCAUGAGAUCGUGCAUGGGCGUCUCUCUAGUCGCCAUGACAGUUCACGAUUACCAAGCCAAAGAAAAUACCACGCUUAACAGUACGGCAGGCGAAACUGGCGAAGAAUUUAAGUUGGAAGGUAUACUUAAUAUUUUGAUGCUAUCGCCUCCGUAUCCAAAAUUCAAAUGGAGCAAGAAAAUUCAGGAUACAGUAAUAGCAUCAUUUCUUUGGGGCUACAUGAUCAUUCAAGUUCCAGCUGGGCAGAUGGCUCAUAGAUUUGGCACCAGAUAUCUCCUUUUUGGAGCCAUGAUGAUAAAUUGCGUUGCGUCGAUACUCUUUCCCAUAGUAGCUUAUUAUGGUGGUUGGAUCUGCACCGUUAUUGUCAGAAUAAUCCAAGGCCUCAGUCAAGCGUGUAUAAUUCCUGGUAUGCAUACAUUUUUUGGGAGAUGGGCGCCUUUGAAUGAACGCGGCAGAUUGACAGCCUUGACUUACGGAGGUCAAGCAUUAGGGACAGUUCUUGGUCUGCCAAUGACAGGGUUCAUAGCAGCAUCUCCACUGGGAUGGCCUGGUCUGUUUAGGUUUUAUGGUAUCCUGUCGGGUAUUAUCGGUGGAAUAUUGUGGUGGUUGAUAGCUGAUACUCCAGGUAAACAUUCAAAAAUAUCUGCUGCAGAGCGAAAAUACAUAGAGGACGGACUUGGACGGAAAGAAGGAUACGAAAAUAAAAGAAUGGCUGUACCUUGGUCGAAAAUCCUUCGCUGCCGUGGAGUAUACGCGAUUAUAGUGGCACAUGUAGGCCACACUUGGGGUCAACUGAUCCUCUACUCGGAAGUACCCGCCUUCAUGGAUAAGGUCAUGGGCGUUAAUAUCAAAGCGAACGGCUUGCUCACUGCACUCCCCUUUAUGGUGAUGUGGUUUACCAACUUCUUCUUCAGCUGGAUGACUGACAUGCUCAUUGUGAAAAAGAUUCUCAGUGUCACCAACACUAGGAAACUCGCCAACACUAUUGGCAGCGUCCCAGUGGGUAUAGGACUAAUAAUCCUGGCGUAUGUACCAAAAAAUAUAUACGUGGUUGAAACUCUGCUGGUGUUGAUUUGCGGUGUUAAGAUUGCAGGUCAUAUGGGUUUCCAGGUGAAUCAUAUCGACAUAUCUCCGAACUUCGCCGGAACGUUGAUGAGUUUGAGCAACUUCAUCGCGAAUAUGAUCAGCUCUAUUGCACCCAUCAUUGCGGGCUUUAUUCUUACUGACGUGACAAGCGAGUACCUCUGGCGACAAGUGUUCUUCUUGGCUGCUGGCCUUUACUUUGCCACUGCCAUCUUCUACCUCGUAUUUGGGACUGCAGAAAGAGCUGAAUGGAAUAAUCCGGAAGAUGAAAAGCGCGAUAGUGAAGAAGUAUUGCCUAUGAUGAAGGAAAAUGAAAAUAAGUAAAUAGUAAUUAUUUUCAAAGGCUCUGAGAUGGGUGAUGGACAGCUGUUUGGUAGUGCUAUUUAUAUUGCCAGUAUCCAUGCGCUGAAGAAACCAAUUAUCAUCAUACGAGCCGUUAGCUCGCAUACAUAGGCUAAAUUAUCAUGUAGCCAUUAUUUCAACUCUUAAAAAAUGUAAAAGUAUUCAGAAAAAGUAGACCCUUAUAAUGUUUAAGAUUAAAGAUUUAAAUAUUUUUAAUUAUUGAAAAUCUAUGCUACCGUUCAGCCAAGGCCGUAAAUAAUGAAGAAAAGACGCAGAUAAAGUAGCUGAAUUAUUGCCUCGUUGCUGAAAUAAGAUUAUUUGUAAUAUUUCUAUUUUUAAUUUUGUUCUACCAAUAAAAAAUCUUUAUUUCUUUCUAUUCUUUUCGAAACGUUGCAAGUAUUCUAUUUUUUUGAAAGUAUUUGUUUAAACAAUAGAACUUCUUUGGGAUUGG